GUUCUGCACUGGGCACUGAACAUUCAGGUGUAGGACCGGUCUGCAGUUAAUUCUGUGCAGGGCGUAAAUUCUGUGUCAUUAAUAUAUUUGCAUGUAGAUGCCAGGGUGGUCCAAUCAUGAGUGUCAGUAAGAUCAGGCAUGCUGAGUUUCCUGGCCUGGAUACAGUGACCUAUGAGGAUGUGCAAGUGAACUUUAGUGGGGAAGAGUGGGCUAUGCUGGAUCCUUCCCAGAAGAGUCUCUACAGAGAUGUGAUGCUGGAAACCUGUGAUAACCUCAUUGCUAUAGGCUACAAAUGGGAAGACCAGAAUAUUGGAGAACAUUGUCAAAGUUCUAGAAGACAUGGAAGGUAUAUCAUCUGUCACUCUGGAUAUAAGCCAUGUGAGCAUAGGGGAUCUGUAAAGAAGAUAAGUACCUCUCUCUCACCCAGAAAAAUCAGAAGAUAUGUAGUAGUUACCACUAUGAGUAGACAGUGUGAUCGUGAAUCAAGUGUAGAAUUUAUUGGAAUUCCAACAUCCCUGGGACUACACCAACAUUCUUACACUGAAGAAAAGGUUUAUGAGUACAAGGAAUUUGGAAAUUCUUCUGUCUGUACUGGUUCAUAUUGCACAUGUAAUAUGAUUCCCACUAUAGGAAAUUGUUACAAAUGCAGUCAAUGUGAUAAAGCACGGGGUUCUUCCAGUUCUCUUCAAAGAAGUGUAAAAACUCAUAUGGUAAAAGGAACUGAUAAAUGUAACUCAUGUGCUAAAGGGUUAAACCAUCACAGGUAUCUUGAAACAUGCAAAAGAACCCAUAAAGAAGAGGAAUCCUAUGAAUGUAAACAACAUGAUAAAACAUUUAGAUCUGAUUGCCCAUUACAGUUACAGCAAGGAACACAUUUGAAAAUUAAACCCUAUGAAUAUAAUCGAACUGAUAAAGCCUUUGCAUGUCAUACAUACCUUCAAUUACCUAGAACGAAUACUAUAAUGAAACAGUAUGAAUAUAAACAAUGUGAUAAAGCUUUUACGUAUCCCAGUAUUCUUAAACAACAUGAAAGAAGUGAUACUGGAGAGAAAUCCUGUGAAUUUUAUCAAUGUGGUAAAGUAUUUGCACAAAAAAGUCAUCUUAGUCAUGAAAGAACUCAUACUAGAGGGAAACUCUAUGAAUGUAAUCUAUGUGGUAAAUCCUUUACAUGUAAAAAUGCUUUUAACAGUCAUGAAAGAAGUCAUACAAGAAAGAAAACCCAUGAAUGCAAUCAAUGUGGUAAAGCUUUUAUGCGCAAAAGUCAUCUUCGCAGUCAUGAAAGAUGUCAUACUGGAGAGAAACCCUACGAAUGUAAUCAAUGUGGUAAAGUCUUUGCAAGUAAAAGUCAUCUUCACAGUCAUGAAAGAAUUCAUAGUGGAGAGAAACCCUAUGAAUGUAAUCAAUGUGGAAAAGCAUUUGCAUGGAAAAGUCUUCUUCACAGACAUGAAAGAAUUCAUACUGGAGAGAAACCCUAUAACUGUAAUCAUUGUGGUAAAGCCUUUACACGUAAAAGUGAUCUUCACAGUCAUGAAAGAAUUCAUAAUGGAGAGAAACCCUAUGAGUGUAAUCAAUGUGGUAAAACAUUUGCACAGAAGAGUCAUCUUUAUUAUCAUGAAAGAAAUCAUACUGGAGAGAAACCCUAUGAAUGUAAUCAAUGUGGCAAAACAUUUGCAUGUAAAAGUCAUCUUCACAGUCAUGAAAAAAUUCAUAAUGGAGAGAAACCCUACGAAUGUAAUCAAUGCAGCAAAGCUUUUAUACGUAAAAGUCAUCUUCGCAGUCAUGAAAGAAUUCAUGUUGGAGAGAAACCCUAUAAAUGUAAUCAAUGUGGCAAAACAUUUGCAAGGAAAAGUGAUCUUCACAGUCAUGAAAGAAUUCAUAGUGGAGAGAAACCCUAUGAAUGCAAUCAGUGUGACAAAGCCUUCACACGUAAAAGUCAUCUUCACAGUCAUGAAAGAAUUCAUAGUGGAGAGAAACCCUAUGAGUGUAAUCAAUGUGGCAAAGCAUUUGCACAUAAAAAUCAUCUUUACUGUCAUGAAAGAAAACAUACUGGAGAGAAACUCUAUGAAUGUAAUCAAUGUGGUAAAGGAUUUGCAUGGAAUAGUUCUCUUCAUAGACAUGAAAGAAUUCAUGUUGGAGAGAAACCCUAUGAAUCUAAUUAAUGUGGUAAAGCCUUUACAUGUAAAAGUGAUUUUCACGGUCAUGAAAGAAGUCAUACUGGACAGAAAUCCUAUGAAUGUAAUCAAUGUAGUAAAGCCUUUACAUGUAAAAUCAUCUUCACAGUCCUUAAAGAAGUCAUAUUGGAGAGAAACCUCUGUAUGUAAUCAAUGUUGUAAAAGCAUUUGCAUAGAAAAUUCAUCUUCAUAGCCAUGAAAGAAUUCAUCCUGGAGAGAAACCAUAUGGAUGUAAUCAAUUUGCUGUGAAAAACUUCUUCAUGAUCAUAAAGAAUUAUACUGGAAAGAAAGGCAGUGAACAUAGUUAAUGUUGUAAAGCAUUCACUUAUAACAGUCAUCUUCACACUCCCGAAAGAAUUAAUGGUGGAGAUAACCUAUGAAUGUAUUCAAUGUGGUAAAGCCUUUACAUAAUAUUUCAGUGUUCUUAAACAACAUGAAAGAAAUCACACAGGAGAGAAGGUCUAUUAAUGUGGUCGAACAUUUUUAUAUAUAAAGUCAUCUUCACAGGCAUGAAAGAAUACAUCUUUUCUAGAUUUUCUUAGUGAAAAAUCCUUGAACCUUAUAAAUCAGGUAAAGCUUUGAACAGCAGGCACAGAAUCCAUCAUUUUGGAGAUGCCAGUACCAUGCUGUGUCCACCAAGACCAUCAGCAGUGGUAAAGUGGAACCAGUAGGGCCUAGAAAUUAUGUGUACUGAAGAGCACAAAGCCAAGGAAGUGACCCAAGCCCUUUGGAGACUCCCUGAAGAUUCUGCGUGGAUCCCAGUCACUAGAGGUUGAGUUAAUUUAUACAGUCAGACUUUGUUUCUGCUUUUUCAGGUUUUGACUGCCUUGCUUCUUCCUCUUGCACAGAGACCAUAUUUAAUUUUGAUUUUUCCAUGAGCCAUAUUUGAAAGUCUUUGAAUUUUUAAAAAGAUUUUCAAUUUUUAGUUACAUUGCUUAUUUUUAAAAAGAAACUUAAUUUGUAUAAAUUUAUAAAGAUUGUGGGACUUUUAGUAAAGUUAUCUAUGUUUCUAAUGAAUAUAUUGUGAAUGAAUAAGAAAGGAAAGGUUGUGGCAUAAUAGUGCCAUGUUUGUGUGUCAAGUUGAAAAGUGGUCAAUUACAGUGGCUAGUCCUAUGUCAGCUUCACAAACAAGCUACAGUUAUCAAAGAAGGGAACUCAAUAGAGAAAACUCUAUAAGAUCUGGCUCUAAGGAAUAUUCUUUAUUAAUGAUUGAUGGGGAAAUAUCCUAGGUUGUAUAAGAAAGCCUGAGCAAGCCAUAGGGUUAAGAAGCCAACCUGCAUGGCAUCUGCAUCACCUCCAAAUUCCUGCCUCAUUCAGGUUUCUGUCCUAACUUCCUUCACUGAUAAACAGCAAUAUGGAAGUUUAGGCCAAAUAAACCCUUUCCUCCCCAUUAUGCUUUUUGGUCAUGGUGUUUCAUUGCCAAAAUUCUAAGGCAUGCUGUCUCAAAAAUCCAAAAUUAGGGUUGUGGACAGAUGGCUCAGCAAUGAAACACUGGCUAUUCUUCCAGAGGACACAGUUUCAAUUCCCAGCACCAACAUGGGAGUUCACAACUGUCUGUAGGCCUCUUUCAAGGUAUACAAUACCCUCACACAGACUUAGAUCCAAACAAAACACUGAUGAAUAUAAUGUAAAAAUAAAUUAUUUUUAAAAGAAUAUAUCACAUUAUAAAAUUUUCCCUAACAUAACCUGGGCUCAUCUCUGUAGCUAGAGUUUUCCUGCCUGGCCCACAGUCAGGACAAAUUUCUCUCACUGCCAGUCCCACAGCCACUCAGCCCCAACCAAGUAAACACAGAGACUUAUAUUGCUUACAAACUGUAUGGCCGUGGCAGGCUUCUUGCUAACUGUUCUUACAGCUUAAAUUAAUCCAUUUCUAUAAAUCUAUACUGUGGCUCGUGGCUUACCGGCAUCUUCACAUGCUGUUUGUCAUUGUGGCGGCUGGCAAUGUCUGACUCAGCCUUCCACUUUUCAGCUUUAUUCUCCUCUUUGUCCCACCUAUACUUCCUGCCUAGCCACUGGCCAAUCAGUGUUUUAUUUAUUGACCAAUCAGAGCAACACAUUUGCCAUACAGAACAUCCCACAGCACAUCUCUACACAAUAAAAUCUUUUGUUGUCUUCAUUCACAUUAAGAGAACUGUGUUUACAAUUACAAUAAAAAACAAUGGUCCGAGUCUAUUCACAGAGGGAUAGAAAGCAUUCAAUCCUUCAGUGAUCAUAUAGGAAAUUUCAUCACCUCCCAGUGAUAGAAGACAGAAACAAUAAUGGCACAACUUCAUCUUCUACAAUAUAAUAACGUAUUGGCAUGUUGAGAAUUUGACUCAGUUGUAAAGCUGCAGUUGGGUACCCAAUUUGGUUCCAAUCACCCACAUCAGAUGGCUCAGAACUGCUUAUAAAGCCUUGUCCUGGAGAUAGGAUGCAUUCUUCUGGCUUCCUAGGGCACCAGGUAUGUAAAUGGUACAAAGUCAAUUAUGUGUUGGUGUGUGUGUGUGUGUGUGUGACUCCAUAUGUUUAAAAGAACUUUCUUCAUGUAUAUGUUAUAUUUUUUUCUAAAAUAAAAAUAAAAUUAAUUAUAUUUAUUAUCAGACAUGGUCUUGGAAAGGAGUCAUUUGAGGAGAAUUCUGAAUACUUAUGUUAACACUCCAAGAAAAUGAAACAAAAGUCUUGUGACCUAAGUUUCUUCAAAUCCAAAAAUUGUUCUUGAAAUGUGUUUUUGUGCAGAUAGAUGUGAUUUGUCUC